UUAGUUUUGGAUAAUCGAAAAUCAUGAAAUAUUUCUAUGUACCUAUUAUAAGAAAAGAAGUAGAUAGAUCUUAUGCAGGGCUGUUGUACAAGAAAUUUAGAAAUUAAUAUUUAUAUCAAAUAACGACUAUAAAAAGUAUAUAAAAAAGAAUUAACUGGAUUGGAGUCAUUGUUCCUGAUUGAAUAUAUUUUUAUAAAAACAAAUGGAAGAACAAAAUCUUACAACAAUACUAGUGUAUAAAGAACAAGCAGAGAACACAAUAAAUCACUGUCAGCGCAGUCUUAUGGAAUCAUCUGUCGGAGAUCUGAAAGAACUAAUAUCUUUAAAGGUAUAUAAUAACAACUUAAAAGAAGUGCCAGAAAAUAUUGGAAAUUUAUUAAAUCUUGAAGAUUUAGAUUUAAGUUUCAACAAAUUAACAGACAUUCCAUGCACAUACAAAAUAUUGAAUAGAUUAAAAUAUCUUUCUCUAGCAAAUAACAAUUUUACAUGUAUUCCUAAUUGCAUUAAAACGGGAAUGUCCAGUUUGGAAAUGUUAGUUUUAUCACAAAAUAAUCAUAUCAUGUUGGAUAUUCCAUUGUACAGUACAAAUAUUAAAAGAUUUUAUGCAAGAAACAAUGAUAUUUGUUCGUUGUUUCCCAAUUGGAUAUUUAAUAAGAAAUAUAAUCAAUUAGAAGAAGUAUUCUUAGAUCAUACGGUAUUUAAAAACUUUUAUUUUUCAAGCAAGAAAAUACCAAUUUCAAAUAUUACAAAAUUGUCAAUGAUAGAAUGUAAAUUGACUGAACAACUUUUGAGUCAAAUUUUUAAAAGGUUAGAGUCACCUGAAAGCUUGAACAUUGGAAAUGAUGCAUUAACAGCAAAAAUAAAUCUUUUUCGUUUUUUACCAAUUCAGGAUAUAAAUACUAAAUCUAGCCUGAAGAAAAUAAAUAUUCGUAAAACAAAUAUUGCCAAAAUACCAAAAUGCAUAAAUGAAUUUCUGGCUUUGGUAACAAUUGAUAUUAGUUAUAAUUAUAUCACUUGGUUACCUAAUGAAAUAUGUGAAUUGCACAAUUUACAAAAUUUGAUAAUGAAUGAUAAUUUAUUAGUUAGUUUGCCUGAUUCUCUCGGUCAAUUGGCUUCGCUUAAAAUAUUAAAGGCUAAUAAUAAUGCAUUAUCUAGUUUACCAAGUUCUAUAAUACAUUUAAAUAAUUUACAAUUUUUGGACCUUUAUAAUAAUGAAUUGUUUAUAGAAACAAAUUCUAUUAUUAACAUGACUACUUUACAAGGAAUAGAUCUCGAACAAAACUAUUUGUUGACUAAUGAUUUACCGAUUAUCAGAAGUACAGACUUCUUUUGAAUGUCUUAAAGAAAAUUGGGAUGAAUCAGAUGAUUCAGCAGAAGAAUUCGAUCCAAAUGAAUGUUGGAAACCAAAAUUGAUACGAUGUUCUCCACUCGUUGCUUAUAAAAGAAAAACUUUAAGGGAAUAUUUUUGUCCAGCAGAUUUCCACGCAAAGCCAAUUUUAAAGCAUGUUCAACAGAUGAUAGAUAAUGGUAUUUUAUCUUUGGAGACUGAAUUUGAAACGGGUCAAUUUGACGAUGCAUGAGAUUAUAUAUAAAUAUUUAUAUAAAUAUUUAUAAAUAAUAUUAUAUAUAAGAGAUAUAUAGUAAAUAAAAUAUUAAAUAUUCGUGUUCUGUUACUAUACACUUAUUUAGAUGUAAGUAUUACUUUACAUGAAAACUGUGAUUAAUUAAAUAU